UCUGCAGAGCGAGGGUCCGGGUUUGGGGGUGUUUCAGCCAUAGUGUUUUCCUAAUCUUGAGCUCACCAGCUGGCAGUCCAGUUCUUGACGUACCCCGAGUCAUGUCCCCUGUCUCUGGCACUGAAUAUGUCAGUUGAGUAACCGUAACCUAACAGUGGCUGCUAUUGGUGACCCUAAAGACCAAGUUUCUCUGUCACGCCAUGGCUUACAGGGUGUCAAGUGUUUGAGGGUACGAGUGCCUGGUUUAGGUAAAGGAACAAACUGUAAAUGUAAGCUUUACUGCAUACCUUUGAUUAAUGGUGAGACCGGCCAUAUUUGUAAUUUUUAAUAGCAAAGUAUUAUUAUUGCUGUUUUCUGCUAAUUCUACAACUGGUGUAUAUUAAUAGUUUUAGUCUUUGCUUUUCAAGCGUCUCAAGAUCUGAGCAGAUAGCCUCAUUUAUUCGUCACUUUUGUUAACUCCAUACAGACAAAUGGGAGUCAGGAGGAGUAUAGAAAUGAUCCGUUGUAGGCCACUGAUGCUCCCAACCCUCACCCUCUGGUUUAGUAGUUCUCCAUUUAUGACUGCUUCAGCAAUGACUUUCUACAAAGAACAGAUAGGUCUUAAACGUUGUUCUGUAAAAUCAGUUCUGAUCAACUCAGGCUUCUUUCAGUGUCUGUGGAAAAGUUGUUGCUGAAGUGCCUAUAAAAGAGUCACUGAGUUGAUGGAGGUGCCUACUAGUGAUGGAAGUCGUUCAGAGGGCCUGAUUUCUUAUCUCAUCCAGGAGAGAGGAUCUGUCCCUCAGUGUGCCCCUGAGAACCACCUCAGCAGGCUCAAGCAAGACGUCGCAAAUACAAAGAUGGAGUUGAAAGCAACGCUUAAGGAAGCUCAGUUGGCAUCCUGUUCAGUUGAAUUACUUUUGCCUUUAUUUAAGAACACUGUGGAAGGAAUUAGUCUAGAAAACGCUAAUCUUUCUGCAUCCAAUUUGAAGAAGAUUUUUGAACAGAACGACAUAUUAUCAAAAGAAUUAGACACUUUUAACCGUGUGAAAUUAGCCUUAGAACAUCUUAUUAAACAGACUGACUAUGAACAAAUAGGAGGCAGCUCACUCUGCUUGUUGAAGGAUCUCAGGGACAAUGAAAGUGAGAACAGAAACCUUGAGGAAAAAGUACUUGAAAAGGAGACCUAUAUCCGUGAACUCUCGUGUCUGUUUCAGAAUGAAAAGGAAAGUGCUUUGAAAGCAAACAGGCUUUCUCAGUCAGUCAAAGUAGUACAUGAUCGUCUACAGCGCCAAAUUCAGAAGAGGGAAGCUGAGAAUGAAAAGCUAAAAGAACAUGUACAGAGCUUGGAAACCCAAAUAGCCAAGUGGAACUUGCAGGUGAAAAUGAAUAAGCAAGAGGCUGUAGCCAUCAAGGAAGCAAGUCGGCAAAAGGCUAUAGCUCUGAAAAAAGCAUCAAAAGUGUACAGACAAAGGCUGCAACACUUCACAGGGGAUAUCGAGCGCCUUGCCUCCCAAGUCAGAGAUCAGGAAGCCAAGUUGUCUGAAACAGUUUCCGCUUCCAAUGACUGGAAAAGUCAGUACGAGAAAAGUGCCAUAGAAAAGACUGAGCUGGAAGUGCAGAUCGAAACAAUGAAAAGGCAAAUCGCUAACCUUUUGGAAGACUUGAGGAAAAUGGAAACUCAUGGGAAAAACUCAUGUGAAGAAAUUCUUAGAAAACUUCACUCACUGGAAAAUGAAAAUGAAGCCCUAAAUAUUGAGAAUGUGAAAUUAAAGGGUACACUUGAUGCCUUGAAGGAUGAAGUUGCUUCUGUUGAAAAUGAACUUGGAGAACUGCAAGAAGUAGAAAAACGACAAAAAACCCUCGUCGAAGGAUACAGGACUCAGGUACAAAAGUUGCAAGAAGCAGCUGAAAUGGUGAAAAGUAGAUGCAAAAAUUUACUACAUGAAAAUAACCUAAUAGUAACUAAUAAAAACAAAAAGUUAGAGAAGAUGAGAGGCCAGGUGGAGUCGCAUCUGAAGCAGGUAGAGCAAGCCCGCAGCUCCUUCACGUCAGCCGAACAGAGACUUCAGGAGUGUCAGGAGAAGCUGCAGUGCUGCAAGGAGAAGUGUGCAGAGCAGGCGCUCACCAUUAGGGAGCUUCAGGGCCAGGUUGAUGGAAACCAAAGCCUUCUGACCAAGCUUUCUCUUGAGGAAGAAAAUCAUCUCAUUCAGUUAAAGUGUGAGAACCUUAAAGAGAAACUAGAGCAGAUGGAUGCAGAGAAUAAAGAGCUUGAGAAGAAGCUGGCCGACCAAGAGGAGUGUCUCAAGCACAGUGACCUGGAGCUGAAAGAGAAGGCUGCAGAGUACACAGCACUGUCCAGGCAACUGGAAGCCGCUUUGGAAGAAGGAAGACAAAAGGUUUCAGAAGAAGUAGAGAAAAUGUCAUCUAGAGAGAGGGCUUUACAAAUUAAAAUAUUAGAUCUGGAAGCUGAGCUUAGAAAGAAAAAUGAAGAGCAAAACCAACUUGUUGACAAGAUGAACACUAAAACCCAGCAUCAGGCUAUCUGCUUGAAGGAAAUACAGCACAGCCUUGAGAAGUCGGAGACUCGGAAUGAGAGCAUUAAGAAUUACUUGCAGUUUCUUCAAAUUUCCUAUGUAACGAUGUUUAGAUAAAUUGUUGAUUUUCUCUGAUUGUUAUACUUUGUGAUUUAUAGGUUAGCAGUAUUAGAAUUUCUAUGUGAAGAUGCUUGAAACAUAAUUUAUUAUCUAAUUGAACUUUAAGGAAUAAUAGCUCUUACUAUUCCUUUGUGUAGAUAAUUUGCAUUGAAGUCUAGUUUAAUUCUUUUUUUAAAAUGUAUUAAUUUUUAAAGUAUUUUUCACCAUAUAUGCAAAAAUCAGAAUUAUUCUUAUGAACCAUUGAAGUAAAUUUGUAACAAAUCUAGACCAAUUAUGAGCCAAAUACAUAGAUUUAAAUAAUGUAUUUACUUUAACUAAUGUAUUUAC